CACCCACGGAUUCCAGUCACCCACCACGCGCCCCGCGGCAUGGCGGCCGUGCGCGUAGUUACCCCACGCCUCCGCUCCAUUCCCCUCCUGCUCCCGGGACCAGUCCACCAUAGCUGCUCCUGCCGAAGCUCGGCUGCAUCCUCCGUGCGCGACAUGUCAUCUUCCUCGGCGUCGUCCUCCCCCUCCCCGUACACGGCGCUCGUGGGGCGCGUCCGCUGCGAGCGCGAGAUCAAGCGCAGCAAGUUCAUCGCCAUCGCCGGCACCGUCCACGACGAGCGCGCCGCCAUGUCCUUCCUCGACGAGGUCAAGGAUCCUCGUGCCACCCACAAUUGCUGGGCAUAUAAGGUGGGAGAGCAAUUCCGUUAUAAUGAUGACGGAGAACCUUCAAGCACAGCUGGAAAGCCAAUCUACUCUGCUAUCAUUUCAUCUGGCAUUGAUAUGGUCAUGGUGGUUGUAAUCAGAUAUUUUGGAGGCAUAAAAUUGGGAACUGGUGGGCUGGUUAGAGCUUAUGGUGGGGUUGCUUCUGAAUGCCUUAAAGAUGCUCCUACUUGUCUUGUGAAACCCAAGGCUCUUGUGGGCAUGGAAGUACCAUUUGAUCUCUUGGGCACAGUCUAUCAUCAGCCUGAGCAUGAUUGGGUCGAAUCUUCCAACAGCUGCAGCAUUUCCAAGCUGAAGAUAUUAAACAGGACUAUGACACUGGCAAAGAUGGUGCAGUUGUUGUCAUGUUCAAAGUGGAAUAUGAAAAAAUUGAGAGUCUCGGAAGUGCAGUGAAUUCAGCUUGCAGCAGGAAAAUCGAACUAUUACUUUAAGUGGCAGGGAGGGGGACAAGGAUGAUUGUUCAGGACCAGUGUUUAAGUCGCAGCUAGUACAGCUUCAGUUAGUUGAGCGUAAGUAUUCAGACAUUCCAAAUCAUAUGUACUUCCAAGCAUUCAAUUGUGCUUUGAUAUUCCUUUUUUAUGGCUAUUUUGUUCUGGAAUUUUGGUGGCUUAUAUUUAUCUGGCAUGCAGGCACCAGAAAUAUUUCAGUCCCUAGUCUAACCAUAAUUGCAACCCCAUAUUGGAGUGCCCAGAUAAAACAUACCAUCCUACUCUAUGGAGGUGGUUGUCCAUUUCCAACAGUAUAUAGUAGCUUCAUAUGGUGUAUACAUUAUCUAUUGUAAGUUACCAUUAAUGUCUUAGUUACCUUUUUUAUUCCCUUUUUCAUGUGUUACUGCUGUUUUAUGCUAUGGAUUUUUAUGAUGAUAAUUGAUCUAUGAUCUUUAUGACCAUGUAAACAUCAAACAGGUUGAUUUUUUUUU